CCAGGAAAUGGCACCUACCAAGUGAAGCAUUACCUUAACAGUAGUCAGGCAGAUAGGGAGGUGAGAGAAAAUAGGUUUGGCUGCCAUUGCUGUUGCCCGUCGCCGUGUGAGUGAGAAGUAAUGUGAGAAGUUACCACAAAUCAAAUAUCAGGAAGACAUCAUGAAGGUGGACGACAAGUUUCAAAUUCUGAAAUUCUUUGCAGCAGUUUUCAACUCUGUUUUCCUGGUAAGAACAAAAAAAGAUGGAGAAUUCAACCUAACCCUAAUCUUAACCAACUAGCAUUCAUCGUCUGAAUUUUCUUUAAACGAUCGAGAGAUGUGGCUUUGCCUCUCAACAUUAGGGCUUGAUGUACUACAUAUGAAAGUGACAUGCAGCUUUCUAAAUCCACUACACAGAUUCUGGGGCUCUGUAUCUUUGGAUGUGCGGUAUGGAUCUUGUUUGACAAAGACAAUUUCAUUGCUGUUCUCAGCUCUGGUAAGUUAUUCUGGACAGAGAAUUGCCAUUUAUCACAUUUCAGAGUUUCUAUAUUAACUCAAAUGUUAUGAGAGAGACAAGGGUAUGAUUGUUCCUCUGAAAACACACUGAAACCUGUAUUUUUGUUUGUGUGUGUGUGCUUGUGUGUGUGUGCGUGUGCUUGUGUGUGUGCUUGUGCAAGUGUGCGUAUGCUUGUGUGUGUGUGUGUGCGUGUGUGCAUGUGUUUGCGUGUGCGUGUGCGUGUGUGCGUGUGUGUGUGUGUGUAGUUGAGGUGAAAACUGUAGCUGGGGGACUGUUCAUCAUCGGACUGAUGGUGGUUGGUGUCACUAUUGUGGGGUGUGUGGGAGCCCAACUGGAGAACAGGUUCUUCCUGCUACUGGUGAGUGGUCAUGUUACAGUCAUAAUAACGCAAACACACACUAGUGAUGCGUGGGUUGACUCAUAACCCGUAGUCCCCGCGGUUAUAUCCAGGGGCCGGGUGGGUUUAGGGUCAUGAAAUAUUGUGUGGAUGAAGGGCGGGCGGCAGCAGCGGCAGGUGGGUUGAAUAAAGAGAAAACAAUGCAUAAAGAAAUCCAUCAAUGUAUAAUUAUUGCGCAAUUCAUGUCUAUCAAUAAAUAAAUACAUGUUCAAGAGAAAAAAAGGGAACUGUACAGCGUAUUUUCUAUAUUGGCAGGUUAGGGUCGGGUGCGGGCCUCAGAUUUGCACUUUAUCACAUAUAGUCGGGCGGUUGCCAAAACUUAUCCCUUGAAAUUCGACAUUUAUGGACAAACGUCUGAUUCUGCAGUGAGAUUGUGAGAGCUUGUUGGAACAAACAGCUGACCCGCGCAUCACUAACACCAGACCCGUCGCCAGACCUCAGUCUUAAGGGGGGCAUAUGAAAUGCAUGGGAGGGCAGGGCACAAUUAUUAUUAGCCUACAGUACGUAUAUUUAUAAUAAUCGUAUACUCUAUUUGCGCAGCACGUAAUCAUCACAUUAAACAUAACCAGCAUACUGAGUCACGUGUGUGUGUGUGUUAGUCUAACACACACACACACACACACACACACAUGUGACUCAUCUUAAGCUUCUAGUGUAUGUGGUGAUCUAACUGAUAUUAGUCAACUCUCUGUCUUAUCUUUCCUCUCAGUAUAUGGGCUUCCUGAUCUGCAUCGUCCUUGGUCAGCUGUUUGUCACCUUCAUCAUUUUGUUAUCGCGUGAAAAGGUAUGUCCCGGACCUUGCAUUAAGCGUCUCAGAGGACAUGUUCUGUAUUAACAUGUUGUUGCAUAGUACUAUGAUAACUCCUUUGUUGCUACAUAGACAGACAGACAGACAGACAGACAGACAGACAGACAGACAGACAGACAGACAGACAGACAGACAGACAGACAGACAGACAGACAGACAGACAGACAGACAGACAGACAGACAGACAGACAGACAGACAGACAGGCAGACAGGCAGACAGACAGGCAGACAGGCAGACAGAGACAGACAGAGGCAAACAGACAGACAGGCAGGCAGGCAGACAGACAGACAGACAGACAGACAGACAGACAGACAGACAGACAGACAGACAGGCAGACAGAGACAGACAGAGGCAAACAGACAGACAGGCAGGCAGGCAGGCAGGCAGACAGACAGACAGACAGACAGACAGGCAAACAGACAGACAGACAGACAGACAGACAGACAGACAGACAGACAGACAGACAGGCAGACAGGAAAACAGACAGACAGGCAGGCAGGCAGACAGACAGACAGACAGACAGACAGACAGACAGACAGACAGACAGACAGACAGACAGACAGACAGACAGACAGACAGACAGACAGACAGACAGACAGACAGACAGACAGACAGACAGACAGACAGACAGGCAAACAGACAGACAGGCAAACAGACAUACAGACAUGUGUUUUGCUCUUACAGAUCACAUCAGAGAUGAAAAUGGAAGUGAAUAAGACCAUGACUGAAUAUGGAACAAACCCUGACAAUCAACGACAUUGGAAGCUUCUGGAUGAUGUACAGCGCUAUGUAUGUAUGACAGCAAUUGUGAAAUAUGGUCCACAUUAAAAGUCAAGAUGAGGCGAGGCGAAACUGACCAAUUGCGUGCAUGCGUGUGUGUGAAUGUGUGUGUGUGUAGGGGCACUGCUGUGGUAUGCAGGUUCCUAAUGACUGGCAGGGGAACUUGUUCAUUAUGAACACCAGUCUGACAGAGGUGUUUCCCUGUUCCUGUUUCAACACCACGGACUGUCCUGCCAUCUCUGGAUACAGCACAACGCUGUUUGGAAAUGGAAAUGAAACACACAUCCAUCCACAGGUACAGACUCUCUCUCUCUCUCUCUCUCUCUCUCUCUCUCUCUCUCUCUCUCUCUCUCUCUCUCUCUCUCUCUCUCUCUCUCUCUCUCUACACACCACACACAUUACGUUAUGGUAUGUUAGUCCAUCGUAUACCAUGAUGACUUCCACUUUUGAGUUAACAGUGAAUUCUUUGGUGACUGUAGAGUCCAAUCCGAGAUCCACAAACUUUAUUGAAGGUGGGGCAUGUGCAGUCUGUGUUGGUGGGGGCAGCAUGGUUGUAUGUCUCAGUCUGUGUUGGAGGGGGGCAGCAUGGUUGUAUGUCCUCAGCUGUGUUGGAGGGGGCAGCAUGGUUUAUGUCUCAGUCUGUGUUGGUUGAGGGCAGGCGGUUGUAUGUAGCAGUCUGGUUGGUGGUGUGGCGGCAGAUGGUGUAUGGUCUUCAGUCUGUGUGGUGGGGGCAGCAUGGUUAUAAGUUCAGUCUGUGUUGGUUGGGGGGCAAGCAUGGUUUUAUAAGCUCAGUCUGUGUUGGUGGGGGCAGCGCUGGUUUUGUUCUCCAGUUGUGUUGUGUUGGCGGGGGCAGAAAUGGUUGUAUGUCUCAGUCUGUGUUGGGGGGGGCAGCAUGGUUGUAUGUCUCAGUUCUGGGUUGGAGGGGGCAGCAUGGUUGUAGGUCUCGUCUGUGUGGAUUACUGCAACUCGCUGUUGGCUGGGCUCCCUGCCUGUGCCAUUAAACCCCUACAACUCAUCCAGAAUGCCGCAGCCCGUCUGGUGUUCAACCUUCCCAAGUUCUCUCACGUCACCCCGCUCCUCCGCACACUCCACAGGCUUCCAGUUGAAGCUCGCAUCUGCUACAAGACCAUGGUGCUUGCCUACGGAGCUGUGAGGGGAACGGCACCUCUGUACCUUCAGGCUCUGAUCAGUCCCUACACCCAAACGAGGGCAUUACAUCCACCUCUGACCUGCUGGCCCCCCUACCUCUGCGGAAGCACAGUUCCCGCUCAGCCCAGUCAAAACUGUUCGCUGCUCUGGCACCCAAAUGGUGGAACAAGCUCCCUCACAACGCCAGGACAGCGGAGUCACUCACCACCUUCCGGAGACACUUGAAACCCCACCUCUUUAAGGAAUACCCGGGAUAGGAUAAAGUCAUCCUUCUACCCCCCCUUACCCCACCCCACCCCCCCCAUCUGUGUUGGAGGGGGGCAGCAUGGUGUAUGUUCAGUCUGUGUUGGUGGGGGCAGCAUAGUUGUAUGUCUCAGUCUGUGUUGGUGGGGGCAUCAUGGCUGUAUGUUUCAGUCUGUGUUGGUGGGGGCAGCAUGGCUGUAUGUCUCCUGAGCUGUUUUUGCCGUUUCUUUGUGCUCCUCUCCUCCUCCUCUGUACACCGCUCUGGCAGAGCUGCCGCCAGGUGGAACGGUCGGCAGCAGCGUCCUCUAGGUCAGUGGGUUUGAUGUUGCACUUCUUCAGCUGCGUUUUCAGCUGGUCCUUGUAGCGCUUCAUCUGUCCCCCUGCAGACCGCCAGCCAACAUGUAGCUGGCCAUACAGGAUCUUCCCCAGCAAGCGCUCCUGAGACAUUCUAAUGACGUGCCCAAGCCAGCGCAGUUGGUGUCAGGUGACCAUGGCCUCCAUACUCUUGCAGUUGGUCUUAGCAAGUGAUUCCCAGGAUGCACUGCAGGCAUCUUAUGUGGAAUCGCUCGAGCUGCUUGUUGUGGUGACUGUAAGUGACUCAGGCUUCACAGCUGUAAAGAAGUGUGGUGAUGCAGACGGCUUGAUAGAACAGCUGUAAAGAAGUGUGGUGAUGCAGACGGCUUGAUAGAACAGCUGUAAAGAAGUGUGGUGAUGCAGACGGCUUGAUAGAACAGCUGUAAAGAAGUGUGGUGAUGCAGACAGCUUGAUAGAACAGCUGUAAAGAAGUGUGGUGAUGCAGACGGCUUGAUAGAACAGCUGUAAAGAAGUGUGGUGAUGCAGACGGCUUGAUAGAACAGCUGUAAAGAAGUGUGGUGAUGCAGACGGCUUGAUAGAACAGCUGUAAAGAAGUGUGGUGAUGCAGACGGCUUGAUAGAACAGCUGUAAAGAAGUGUGGUGAUGCAGACGGCUAGAUAGAACAGCUGUAAAGAAGUGUGGUGAUGCAGACGGCUUGAUAGAACAGCUGUAAAGAAGUGUGGUGAUGCAGACGGCUUGAUAGACGACGACUUUAGUGUCGCGGUGGAGAGGCUGUUUUGGAAGACCCUGCGUCUGAGUUUCCUGAAGGCAGCUGAUGCUUGCUUGAUCUUGUUUUGAAUUUCGAGGUCGAUGCUUUAGUCCUCCGAGAGGAUGCUGCCCAGGUAUUUGAAGGGACUAUUGCCAGUGAGUUGUGUUCAAUGGUGAAGACAGGCAUGGUGGUUGGAGGGCUGGAUCACCAUUGGCAGACCACCUCUGUCUUGGUGGUGUUGAUAGACAGUCCCAUCCUGCUAUAGACCCUCACAGCCGCUACAAGGACGGACUGAAAGUCUUCUGGAGUGUGGGCCACAAGAGCAAAGUCAUCAGCAUACUGCAGCUGCUGUCCUCAAGCUCCUUGUGGAGAAGCUGGGUGACACAUAGGAGGAAGAUGUGAAAGAGUACAGGUGACAGCACACACCCCUGCCUCACACCGAUGCUUACUCCAAAAGGCACUGACUCCUGCCCUCCUAUGGCCACCCGAGCCAUCAUCCCAUCAUGGAACUGGCAAAGAGAAGAAUGCCCCAUAGUAGUUCCCUGCUCACAGUGUCGAAGGGCUUGGAGAGGUCGACAAAGAACAUUAAAAGGUCCUGAUGUUGUUCACUGCACUUCUCCUGGAGUUGCCAUGCCGUGAAUAUCAUGUCGACCGUACUCCUGUUCUUUCUGAAGCCGCAUUGUGACUCUGGCAGGUGUUCCUCUGUGAUGUUGUCCACCAGCCUGUGUAGCAUCACCUUGGCCAGGAUGGGAUUCCCCCCCCCCGGCUGCUGCCGCAGAUUGACUUGUCACCCUUGUUCUUAUAGAUGGUGACAAUGUUUGCAUCCUGCCACCGUUCGGCGGACGAUAUCCCGAUCCCAAACCUCAGUGAUGUACUGGUGGAGAGUUCUGGUGUAGAAGUAACUUCCCAUCUAAAGUAGCUCAGCAGGGAUGCUGUCAGCGCCAGGAGUCUUGUUGUUCUUGAGCGAACUGAUUGCUGAUAGCACCUCUUGGAAGGUUGGCGAAUGGUUGCGGUCUUGAAUGAGUGGAAGGACAGGCAGUUCUUCCAGGAUGGAGUGGUCUGUAGGAGAGCGCUGAUUGAGCAGUGCUUCAAAAUGGUCAGGCCACCUCAUCAGGAUCUGGUUCUGGUCCUUCAAGAGAGUCAGACCAUCAGCUGUUUUCAGGGGGGUGAUGGAACAACUUAUAGGGCCAUAGAUAGCUUUAGCUGAGUUGUAGAAAUUGUGCAUGUCGUUUUUGUCGGCAUUAAUGUUGUUUGCACUUCCUUGCGUGAUGCAUGCCAUUGCUGGCAGAGGGUAGCAGAUGGGGCUGUUGAGAGUAGCCCUGUGCGCUUUGGGCAUAUUGUCCAGUAAGGUUGUGAUGGUGUCCGAGUUCUCAUCAAACCAGUUCCUGAUGUUUCCUACCUCUGUAGCCAAUGGAGUGUGCCGCUGCCUGUUAGAGCACUGAUAGAUGCCUACUUCUGGUCCAUGGGGUCCUCUGUGCUCAGAAGAGGCUCAAUCUCCUUCAGCCUUUCAGUGAGAGAGCGACAGAACUCGUCCCUUACUGCAGCUUUCUCAAGCCAGGUACAGUGCAGAUGCCUCUUACUGGACUUCUGCAGGCGUUGGGGGGGGACGUAUUCUCAUCUGGAGUUUAGCCAGUAUCAUACAGUCCAGCAUUCUGCACCCCUCAUGGCACGUGUCAGCAGGACGUCAUUAGUGUCAGAACGUCUCAAUAUGACGUAGUCGAUCAGGUGCCAGUGUUUGGAGCGUGGGUGCAUCCAUUAUGUUUUAUAUUUGUUCUUCUGCUGGAACAAGGUGUUAGUCACAAUGAGAUCGUGCUCGGCACAUAGAGUUAGCAGUCUCAUGCCGUUCUCAUUGACCUGGCCAACACCAUGCCUACCCAGCACUCUGCUCCAUAUCCUGUUGUUCUGUCCCACCCUUGCGUAGAAGUCACCCAGCAGAAAGAUCUUGUAAUUCCUGGGGAUGCGAUGAAGGGCCUCAUCUAGUGACUGGUAGAAGCAGUCCUUUGCCUCAUUUUCAGAUGGUAACGUUGGUGCGUAUGCACUGAGAAGAGUAGCAUAGCGCAUCUUGGCUAGGGGGAUACGGAGAGACAUGAGUCUUUCACUUAUGCCGAUAGGUGUUUCGGUGAGGCUGGGUAAAAGGCUGUUCUUAAUUGCCAGUCCCACACAGUGCUGAUGUUGUCCACCCAGAGGGUAACCUUUCCAGAAGAAGGUGUAGCCUUCUCUCUCCUCUUCCAGGGAACCUUCAUCCAGGAACCUGGUCUCACUCAGGGCAGCAAUGUCAAUGUUGUAGCGCCUUAGUUCUGCACCAAUCAGAGCUGUUCUCCGAUGGGAUCUAUCGUUAUUGUCAUCAGUGUUCAAAAGAGUUCUGAUGUUCCAUGUCGGCAGUUUCAGGGGAAUUAUUUUCUUUAGCAUUUUCCGACCGCCGAGUGGAACUCCCGAUAGGUGCGGUAGCCUAUCCAGGAUGGAGUGAGUGGGCAAUUUUUUGGCCACCUUUUCUAGGCCUCUCCCCAGCUGGGGUGAGCAUUUUGGCUCCUAAAUAGGGCUGCUUUGUCGUACCAGACUAACCCACAAGGCAGCGGGGCAGUGGUUGAUGGCUGCCAGGGCGUGUCCACACAGAGGUGGGCCCGUACACCACAAGGGCUAGCCGGCGGCAGCGAGCUGUAAGUGAGAGUAUGCAAGCAUGUGGUAAGCGGGAAUGCAACUUACCUCUACCUAGGCACUACUGCACUAGACGCGUCACAAGCACCCUGCGGUUGCCUGCUGACACACCACACACACACACACACACACACACACACACCUUUAAUGUAGGAAAACAAGUGCACACUAACACACACACACGUUUCCCAUCUGUAUUAUUUACCAAUAGCCUGUAAGAUGUGUGUAUCAACAAAAUGACAUUUCAAGUGUGUGUGUGUUGCUACAGGGCUGUCAAAAGAUAAUCACUGAUUGGCUGAAGGAGAACACUUUGACAAUAGUGGGCAUGGACAUGGGCCUGCUAAUCAUUCAGGUAACACAGACACACACACACACACACACACACACACACACACCCACACACGCACACACACAACACACACACACAUGCACACACACACACACAUACAGAUACACCCACCCACUAGUCCAAUGUUCACAUUUGUCUUGAUUGACAGGUUUUCCAGUUUGUUGCUGUUGUUGUUGUUAAACAGGUCCUUGUGUUGGUUGUUUUCUUGUGACAGGUCCUCCAGUUGAUAGUGUCUGUGUAUCUAUACCAGACUGUUGGUCAGAAAGCCAAGCUGAGAUGUGUUAGUCAGCUGAUUCGCUCUGAGGACCAUCGCGAACCAAACCCUGACGACCUUGAUGACCCUGACUACCCUGAACAAAACCAUGCCUAUCCUGAACCAAACCAGCCCUACGCACAUACAAACCUCGCCUACCCUGAACCAAACCAGCCCUACGCACAUACAAACCUCGCCUACCCUGACCAAAACCAUGCCUAUCCUGAACCAAACCAGCCCUACGCACAUACAAACCUCGCCUACCCUGAACAAAUCCUUGCCUACCCUGAACCAAGACAAGCCUACUCUGAGGACCAACACCAGGCCUACUCCGGACCAAACCAUGCCUACCAUCGCUAACCAGGAACAGAGUGUUGCUGUAUGACUGAAGUCACUUUGGGAUCUAACAUCAAAUUGCUCUAACUCUAAAUGCUCAGUUCAGUGCUUUCAGCCACACAGGCCUUCUACUAAAUAUGUUUUUCUGCUGACAAUGAGAACAAUCUUAAUUCAUUAGUUUCUAUUGUUUUCUACUAUUGAUGGAAGCCCUAACUGGUCAGCCGGACCUCACCUGGUGUGAAUAGUU